CGUCCGGGGUGACACUCGCAAAGCCGUUUUGUAUUAUUUCAUUUUUUUUGUAUUUUAUUUUUAGCAAUAUAGAUUUUUUUUAUUUUUUUUUAUCGCAGCCUCAUUUUUUCCCCCAUUUCUAAGUCCCAUGCCAAGCCCCUACCAUGACCUCACCCAGGCUCAGCUACGGCCUCCCAACUCCACCUUAAAUACCUCAAACUGUAGCUUUCCCCUUACAUAGCAGGUUAAACCUCCCACACAUAGCCGAUAGGAACAUUAAGGAGACUUAAAGGAUUGAGAUAAAUAUUUUAUUAAUCUAGUCACUCAACAAGUCAUACCUUUUGGUCUCUGUUCUUCUCAGAUGACCUACGUUGUUCUUCAGAUAUAUAGUAUAACUAAUGGCACCUUGCCUUUGUCUCCGCCUCUACCACUGGCUGCCAUAGUCUCAAAUUCCCUUCGUUGUCCCCUGACCUUUUUUACUUGGUCCGUCCCACCCCUUUCAGGAAGAAAGGCUCGAAUUCAAAUUCAAUGAGUGUUUUAAAUCGAGUUAUAUUUUUGAAUCAAAGUUCUCUAUGCUAAUUAAAGCAAACUGUGGAGGAAAAUCGCUGGCUCGGUCUUUAAGGAAUAAAUGAACUGACGUUAGUUCAUCUAUGCAAUCCAACAGAUAAGAUGGUCUCUAAACAUAAAGAUGUACUCCAUUAUCAUCCACUUAAGCCCAAAUAGAACGCCGGCUGUCUCGGCACAAAACGUACCUCCUUUGCUUUAACUCUUUUUUUUGUUUGUCUAGUACUUUCUCACAAUCCUUAGUCUGGGUCAAGCUCUAAGAUGUGGAGUCGUCGCUCUGGUUGAAGGCCAUCUUAUCUGGUGCUAGAGGGGGGUUCAGGAGUAGGGAGAAGCUCCAGGGAGACUCAAGCUCCCCCUGCUCUGUCGCCCCGCCCCCCCGCGCGCACGCUAAGGUUCGGUGGAGUGUGCGCGCUCAUGAGCUGUCUUCCUGGCCCUAAGUGAUGCCCCGUCAUGGCUCUUUCGAGGCCCUCCCGCUGCUCUCACUAUAGCCUCAAUCAAGGGUGGGUUGUAACCACCACAGGCCCCUGCUCUGUAUCUGUAACCAACCACCCCGGGGCGGUGGGUAGGGGUGUUUGAGGGUGGGUUGACCUUCUUUAGGGGCAGUUUGUUCCAGAGGCUGGGGUGUGGCCGGCACUGCGCCAGGCAGACAGCUCACUAUGUGCAUUCCACCACCUGCGUCAGAUGCUGCGUUAGAGAGUGGACCAUGAAACCGUGCCGAGCAACAGCAAUGACCUCUUCAUUUCAGAGCUGUGGAGGCAUCUAGAUACAAAUGAUUAAACCGCAGGCUUCUUUUCCCCCCCACAACAAUCUCAUUGGCCAGGAGUCAAGAAAGCAGGACAGGAAAAAUAUAUUUUUUCAUUUUGAAUAUGCAAUGAUAUGAUGCCCAAGGAAAUGUGAUCAGUUCAUUUGGGGAAGAUCAAGCCAGCAACCCUUCCGCCUUUUCUAAACUUUGUUUAACUGGUUUAAAACUACAAAACAAUUCAUAAUCACAAGACGUCAAAGCCUUUCUUCCCUCCCUUUUACCUUUUUGUUCAGGCCUUCUUUUGUGUGAAAACCAUUCAUUGCAUGGAUGAAAGUUUUAAGUACAUUUUCCGAAGUUCAACUGAUACGUUUUUGUUUCGACAUGAACACAAAGAUUUAUCUUUUUUUUUUUUUUUUAUACAAACUUUAUACUAAUGAUCUUGUGUUCUGAUCUUUGUCUCUUUUGGUUUCUUCCACAACUGAUAUUGUUAUUUAGAAGGUUUCAGGUGGGUGGCUCUAUUCCUGCGUAGGUGCCUGCCGGAAAGGAACACUAGGGCAGCAUCAGUCCUCCUCUCCAGUCAGCUGCGGCCACCACUCUGACAAAGUCCAAACAUAUGGCUUGUUACCUGAAAGCUAUUGAGACUCAGCCCAACUUCGCUGUGGCUUGGAGCAACCUGGGCUGUGUGUUUAAUGCCCAGGGCGAGAUCUGGCUGGCCAUACACCACUUUGAAAAGGCUGUGACCCUGGAUCCAAAUUUCCUCGAUGCUUACAUAAAUCUAGGCAACGUUUUAAAAGAGGCUCGCAUCUUCGACAGAGCGGUUGCCGGCUACUUGCGGGCCCUGAGUCUAAGCCCCAACCAUGCUGUGGUCCACGGAAACCUGGCCUGCGUCUACUAUGAGCAGGGACUUAUCGAUCUGGCCAUUGACACCUACAGGCGCGCCAUUGAACUGCAGCCCCACUUCCCUGACGCCUACUGUAACCUAGCCAAUGCCUUGAAGGAGAAGGGCAAUGUAAGAAAUCCAGCCAAAUAUAGUUUUGGGGUAUCUGAGGCGGAAGACUGCUACAACACGGCGUUGCGUCUGUGCCCCACCCAUGCCGACUCUCUCAACAACCUGGCCAAUAUCAAGCGGGAGCAAGGCAACAUCGAAGAGGCCGUCCAGCUCUACAGAAAAGCCCUUGAGGUCUUCCCUGAGUUUGCUGCGGCUCACUCCAACCUGGCCAGUGUCCUUCAGCAGCAAGGCAAGCUGCAGGAGGCCCUCAUGCACUACAAGGAGGCCAUCAGGAUCAGCCCCACGUUUGCUGACGCCUACUCCAACAUGGGCAACACGCUGAAGGAGAUGCAGGACGUCCAGGGAGCCCUGCAGUGCUACACCCGGGCCAUUCAGAUCAACCCCGCCUUUGCCGAUGCGCACAGUAACCUGGCUUCCAUUCACAAGGAUUCGGGCAACAUUCCAGAGGCCAUUGCUUCCUACCGCACAGCUUUGAAACUCAAGCCAGACUUCCCCGACGCCUACUGCAACCUGGCCCACUGCCUCCAGAUCGUCUGUGACUGGACAGACUACGACGAGCGCAUGAAAAAGCUGGUGAGCAUCGUGGCCGACCAGCUGGACAAGAACCGGCUGCCCUCGGUGCACCCGCACCACAGCAUGCUGUACCCGCUCUCCCACGGCUUCCGCAAGGCCAUAGCCGAGCGCCAUGGCAACCUUUGUUUGGACAAGGUACACGCCCUGAUAAAAAUUAAUGCUCUUCACAAGCCCGCCUUUGAGCAUCCCAAGGACCUGAAGGCCAGUGGAGGUCGUCUGCGUAUUGGCUAUGUCAGCUCCGACUUUGGCAACCACCCCACAUCCCACCUGAUGCAGUCCAUUCCUGGCAUGCAUAUUUCCGACAAGUUUGAGGUGUUCUGCUACGCCCUCAGUCCAGAUGACAGCACCAACUUCCGUGUGAAAGUAAUAGCUGAAGCCAACCACUUCACAGACCUCUCACAGAUCCCCUGCAAUGGUAAGGCAGCAGACCGAAUCCACCAAGACGGGAUCCACAUCCUGGUCAACAUGAACGGAUACACAAAGGGCGCCCGCAACGAGCUCUUCGCCCUGCGGCCCGCUCCAAUCCAGACCAUGUGGCUAGGGUACCCGGGAACCAGUGGGGCUCCCUUCAUGGAUUACAUCAUCACAGACAAGGAGACGUCCCCUGCGGAAGUAGCCGAGCAGUACUCUGAGAAGCUGGCCUACAUGCCCCACACUUUCUUCAUUGGAGACCAUGCCAACAUGUUCCCUCACCUUAAGAAAAAGGCAGUGAUUGACUUCAAGUCCAAUGGACACAUCUUUGACAAUCGCAUUGUGCUGAACGGCAUUGAUCUGAAGGCCUUCUUGGACAGUCUGCCAGAUGUAAAGGUUGUGAAGAUGAAGUGUGACAUCAACCAGGAGACGGUUCCUGACGCCAACGGAGCUCUGUCCAUGCCAGUCAUCCCCAUGAACACAGCCGCUGAGGCCAUCAUCAACAUGAUCAACCAGGGCCAGAUCCAGGUCACCAUCAAUGGCUAUACCGUCAGCAAUGGCCUGGCCACCACACAGAUAAUUUCAGCCAACCGCCUUGUAAAGUCUGGAACAUUGGCCAACCAGAUCAACAACAAAGCCGCCACUGGAGAGGAGGUACCCCGCACCAUCGUGGUGACCACCCGCUCCCAGUACGGCCUCCCCGAGGACUCCAUCGUCUACUGCAACUUCAACCAGCUCUACAAAAUCGACCCACCCACCCUGCAGAUGUGGGCCAAUAUCUUGAAGCGGGUGCCCAACAGUGUGCUGUGGCUGCUCCGCUUCCCAGCCGUGGGCGAGCCCAACAUCCAGCAGUACGCCCUGAACAUGGGCCUGCCCGCCUCCCGCAUCAUCUUCUCCCCGGUGGCCCCCAAGGAGGAACACGUCAGGAGGGGGCAACUGGCGGACGUGUGCCUGGACACCCCCCUGUGCAACGGCCACACGACGGGCAUGGACGUCCUCUGGGCUGGGACUCCCAUGGUUACCAUGCCGGGAGAGACCCUUGCAUCGCGUGUCGCUGCCUCCCAGCUCAAGUGUCUCGGCUGUCCCGAGCUCAUCGCUCCCAGCCGCCAGGAGUAUGAGGAUGUCGCAGUGAAACUUGGAUCAGACAUGGAAUACCUGAAGAUGAUCCGGGCUUGUGUGUGGAAGCAGCGAAUCUGCAGCCCCCUGUUCAACACCAAGCAGUACACCACAGACCUGGAGAAGCUCUACCUGCAGAUGUGGGAGCACCAUUCGUGUGGGAAGAAGCCGGAUCACCUCAUCAACUUCCCCCAAAUAGAGAGCAGCCUGAGUGCUUGAACUUUAAACCCCAUAUCCCCCCCCAACACACCCCACCUCAUCUCCUACUCAUUAUGGGUUCACUCCAUCGCAUAUCCCUGAAUGUUUGUGGUUUCCCCCACCCCGACACCUGUUAAAAUGAAUUUUACUUGUUGAGGAACCGCACGUGUCAUUGUGUGCCAUCGCCUCACACAGCCGGUCCUGAGCCAGAUGGAGAUCCUGAGCCUAAAAACUCUUCUGAGACUCUUAAAAUAUAAUCACAGAAUCGUCCUUGGUGUGUGUGUGUGUGUGUUAACAAUGGAAUGCCGGCACUCCCCACCCUUCCCAGAGCUUGGAAUCUAUUUGCGGAUUUUCUUUUAUCCUGUUAGUAUGUAAGUGGACUGAACUGCUGGCCUGAUGGGGUGAACAACCGGCCCCCGACAUUGUGAUGUUGACCCACUUUUAAUUGUGUUUUGGUGGCUGGUGGGACAAUGCUGCACAAUAAAAAAUGUAAACUUUGACUAAAGUUGAAUCAGCUUUACGAAAAAGCCCUGUAAAUGGUCAUGGUUUUCAACUGCUUUUUACUUGUUUUAAGCCACCUUUAAAUGCAAAGUCGAUGUGAAAGUUUUGAGAAUGGACUUCCCCAUCAACAAAUGCCAAUUUUAAGUUGUUUUUUCUGGCUCAUCCGUAUCGGUUUUCUGCAUUGAUGUCACUGUGCUUACAAAGACAAUUGGGACAAAGUUGGGGAAAGGGGAGUUUUUUUCGUUGGUAUUCACUAGAAUGGGCCGGUAUUUCUAUAUUCACCAGAUUUUAUUUCAAUUGAAAUGGGAACAACCUAGGUAAGUAUUUUCGAGUUUUGUUUUGUAUGGUAUGGUAUGCUCUCAGUGAAACUACUUGGCUCUGAUUUAAAAUAAAUAAUGAAACGUUAAACUGA